GGUCAAAAGAAGGGGGCAUGCAGCUGAGCUGAUUCAGAACCACUUACCACGUCAACGAAAUCAGCAUUGGAAUUCUUAUUCGGCGGUGGAUUCUUCUAAACUAUACUACAGUAGUAAUUUAUCUGCAGCAACCGAUGACUUGUUUAUGAAUUUAAAUCGUGUUCAACACGGAGCGUGCGGGAACGCAAUAAUGCAAUCGCUGUCAUCUUGUACUAUUUGUCAAACCUCUCUCACCGCAAUUUCCUCUGCCUGCGGUCAGAGGCCCAUAGCCAAGCCAGGGGCGGCAAUGGAGAGCAACAGCAGCACCUGCGCCAUCUGCAAUGGCGACAUGCGGCGUGGCGGCGGCGGCGGCAGCGGCUUCACGGCCGACUGCUCCCACCAGUUCCACUACCGUUGCGUCUCCGGGAGCCUCGCCAGCAGCCGCCAAGCCUGCCCGCUCUGCAGCGCGCGAUGCCGCGACCUGCCGUCCUUCCGCUCCUCCAAGAGCUACACGCCGUCACAGCCGCCGCCCGCGUCGCGCGCGCCGGCACAGCCGUUCUUCCGCCCCAUGGAGCCACGCGUCUUCGACGACGACGACCCGGUGCUCCGGGCGCCUCGGCCUCUCGGCGACCGGCAGUAUGGUGCCGCGAGUGCGACGUCCAGCGGGUCAUUGGCGGUGGCGCUCAGCACGCACUGCGAGUACUCGUCUCUGGCGCGGGACGCGCCCCACGAGAACUUCGCCGUGCUUGUGCAUGCCAGGGCUCCGGGGACUGGUAGCGCGGCCACCGGAGGGGCGCCGUCGCGCGCGCGGGCGCCAAUCGACCUGGUCACCGUGCUCGACGUGAGCGGCAGCAUGGUGGGGAGCAAGCUGGCGCUGCUGAAGCAGGCCAUGGGCUUCGUCGUCGACAGCCUCGGCCCUGCGGACCGCCUCUGCGUCGUGUCCUUCUCGUCCGGCGCCAACCGCUUGAUGCGGCUCGCGCGCAUGUCGGAGUCGGACGGCGGGAAGGACCUGGCGAAGCGCGCCGUGCAGUCCCUCGCGGCGGGCGGCGGCACCAACAUCGGGGCCGCCCUCCGCAAGGCCGCCAAGGUGCUGGACGACCGCCUCCACAAGAACGCCGUCGCGAGCGUGAUACUUCUGUCGGACGGGCAGGACACGUACACCGUGCCCAGGCGCGGCCGUGACGCCAACUACGACGCGCUCGUGCCGCCUUCCUUCAUGUACACCGGAGCCGGCGACCGGUCCGCGCCUGUCCACACGUUUGGGUUCGGCACCGACCACGACGCGGCGGCGAUGCACACCAUCGCCGAGGCCACCGGCGGCACGUUCUCGUUCAUCGAGAACGAGGCGGACAUCCAGGACGCAUUCGCUCAAUGCAUCGGGGGGCUCCUCUCCGUCGCCGUGCAGGAAUUGCGCGUUGACAUCGCGUGCCCGCAAUCGGGGGUGCGCGUCCGGUCGGUCAACUCCGGCCGCUACAGGAGCCACAUCAACGUUGACGGCCGCUCCGCCUCCAUCGACGUCGGCGAGCUGUACGCCGACGAGGAGAGGCGCUUCUUGCUGCUCAUGGACGUGCCGAGGGCCCGAUCCACCACGGAUGUCACCCACCUGAUGCAAGUCAGCUGCGCUUACCGAGACAUGGUGACUGGACGGCCAACGAACGUGGACGGCGAGGACGCGGUGGUGCUGAGGCCCUCGCGGGCGGUGAGCCUGGAGCGCUCCGCGGAGGUCGAGCGGGAGCGCGUCCGGUUGGCGGCGACGGAAGGCAUCGCCGCGGCUCGUGCGGCGGCAGAGCGGGGCGCUCACGAGGAGGCGGCCGAGAUACUCCAGAGCGGGCAGCGAGCCGUCGCGCGCUCGGCGGCGGCCCGAGCAGGGGACUCCAUGUGCGUAGAGUUGUCCCGAGAUCUGCAGGAGAUGAGCACCCGCGUAGCGGACCGGCGGCGGUACGAGCUGUCCGGGCGCGCGUACAUGCUGGCAGGGCUGAGCUCGCACGCGCAGCAGCGCGCGACGUCGCGGCAGAUGUCAGGCGACAGCGGGACGACGCGCCGCACGGCAGAGGCGGCCCUUGGCACGACGGUAAUAUCUACGACGGGCGCCACGGCGUCCUACUCGUACGUGACGCCGGCGAUGAUGGACAUGCUGGACCGAUCGCGGAGAUCGCGGGAAAUGACGGCGCUGUCGCAGCAGAGGAGUAAGGAGCGGCGAAGGAGCGCACACUACUGAACCCACCGAUGUAGAGGAUCAGGAUUGACCUUUGAUCAGAGAGAUAUGGUUUUCAAGUUUGUAUAAUCUGUACUGAGCUUCUCUCUACAGUCCACAAACUUUGCUUGCAUGUGAUUCUUUUCGUCCACAAACUUAAAAAAAUAAUAGUAUAUAUAAUAAUGAAGUAUACAAAUUUGACCCGAUGGGGCGAAAUAUGCACUGGCAAUCAGAGCAUCGGCGAUCUUUGAUGGUUGGACUGAUGACCGUGAUGCUUGAGCGUUGUUCCCAUUCCAGAGGUGUUGUUGCCAAGAAUCUCUCUCAUUGUCCUUUUCGAUGCCAAGAAAUGGUUGGUGCGGAGGUUCGUUGUUGUAGUUCGUCAACCGCUGUAUUGAUUUCUUUGGAGGGUUUUUUUUCGUGUAGGCAGAGCUUUGAUCUUGUAUAGUUUGCUCUUUAGUUUAAUUUUUUGUGUGUGCGCAUUUUUGAUGGUUGGGCGAAUCUUCGUCAUGCAGAAGUUGGAUACAUGUUUAUUGUGUUUAUUAUACCCUCUUAAUUCUUGAUUUUGAUUUUGAGUCAAUAAAAUCUACUCAUCGGCAGAUUUGCUGCAUGGUUGGGAACAAGUCAAACACCCUCCCCGUCUCCCUCCUCCCUUGCAUUUCUCCCCUACUUUCACCCUCCUCGCGCUCUCACACCACCACUCCCCAAAAACCAAACGAAAACCAAGGAUUUCUCUCCACGACCAGCGGACCGAUUCAACUGGCCCAAUCCCGACGAGACCUAUGCAGAAAACACGGUGCUUGUGAUGGAGCCGUGAUCUGUUCUUGUUGGAGAUAUGGCGGUGGCAUGGGAGCGCGCUUGGCGCGCGUUGGUUGCAAGGCUCUGCAUCCGCUCACGGGCGCAACGUGCUGGUGGCACUACGGGGGCACUGUUGGAGGACGAUGAGUCGCCGGAUGCUCUGUCCCCUGCGCCGGUAUCCAUGCGGGCGGUGUCGAGGUCCGGGAGUCGGAGCUCAACGGAGCUAUGCGCGAUUUGCCUGGGUGGCAUGAGUCCGGGGCACGGCCAUGCGUUGUUCACCGCCGAAUGCUCCCACAAGUUCCACUUUCGAUGCAUCUCAUCCAACGUGCAGCAUGGCAACCGUGCCUGCCCCAUAUGCCGUGCCGUCUGGAAGCAUCUACCUCACCCAGCCAAAGCGAAUGCUACUCCACUGGAUUGGCCCGAUGAUCAGCUUCCCAUCUCCUGUGCGCCGGAUUUGAGCAUUUUCGGAUCUAAGACUACAAGUGGAAGACGAGAGGAGGACGCAGUUGGGGCUUCUGGUGUUGAGAUCGUGUCGUUCGCUGAAUUCCCAGACAUUCAGCGGAGCGUCACAUCGGAGAAGUUUGACAUCCUGAGAGCAUUUUCGGAUCCACCUGAAGGCUCCGCGUCCGCCGGCACCGUCUGCGAGCUCACACG